GAUUCAUUAACGUUAUUCAGUAUGUAACUAAUUGAUUACAUUAGUUCAUUCUGUACUGGUUUAUACACGCCGCUAAAUAUAUUCGAAUCACACAUAAAUUAGCAAAUUCCAAAUCGUAUUUCUCAAACAAUUUUUUUAGUUCUCUAGAAAUAUUUUGAUUUAACGAAUGCUCCGAUUCAUCUUGUACCCUAAAUGAUAAUUCCUGACUACUUAAAAAAAUACAAUAUCAAUUAAACGACGUAAAACGGCGUGAUUAUUUUUUGCAAUUUCUGCCGAUGCUUCCAAAUAAAACAUCGGCAGAUUUAAAUGUGCCGUACCUCCCGUUUAAUGCCUACGAAGAGAAUCAAGGCUUCAAGCUUCAUAUGAGAGUGCAUACUGGGGAAAAACCAUAUAAAUGCAAUUUCUGCAACAAAGCUUUUGCUCAUAGCAGCGUCUGUAACACACAUAAGAAGAGAAUUCAUGGCCAGAGACCAUAUCCUGGUUCCGAAGGUGAGAAACCAUAUUCUUGUUCCCAAUGUAAGAAAUCUUUCUUCAACACAGCCAGCCUUAUGAUACACAUGCGAAUCCAUACUGGCGAGAAACCAUAUUCUUGUUCUAUGUGUAAAAAAGCUUUCUCUCAUGCAUCCAGUCUUAAAAUACAUAUGCCAAUUCAUAACGGCGAGAGACUAUAUCCUUGUUCCGAAUGUAAUAAAUCUUUCACCGAUAGAACGGCUCUUAUCAAACAUAUGCGAGUCCAUUCCAAAGAGAAACCGAUACUAAACACUUCAACUUUUAUAUUUGACAAAUUAUCGUCUUCCAAGAGUGCCAGCCCUCAAAACCUUCAAGCCUUGCCUCGAUCACUACGUGUCAAAGGAGCACCCAAGUAUUACAUUAUUUUACCAACGAACUCUGUAUCUGCGGCUGUGCCAUUACUGGUGACAUCAAAACCUUCUCCACCUGCACUUAAAGUAAUCCCAUCACAUAACCAACUAUUGAUCACUACAAAGACUUCUCCACCGGUACUUCAAGCGAUCCCGAAAGUUGUGAUGGCAUCAAAUUCUGUCGGAUCUAGAUCUGCGCCUUCAUUGAAAGUAAUACCAACCAAAGAGCUAAUGAAUUAUCCGACAAGUUUGUCAAAUAUACUUCCAAACCAAACAGUCGCAUUUCAGAGUAAAGGUCCUGUGCCCAAAUAUUACGCUAAUCCUUUCGACUACACUCCUUAUGUAAAAAACACUUUAUCUUUAACCCACACACAAAAAAUAGCCGAACUAGAGAAACGUAGCCAAGGCGAACAAGAUUUAAUGCAGGAAAAAGUGUUCGCUUGGGUUUGUAAAAUUUGCAGGAAAGAAUUCCAUGACAAAGAACUUCUUAUGGAGCACUACGAAAUACACAAGAAUGCCACAGAUCAGCUUGGUAAUAUCGACGAAAAUAACGAUACAUAUAACAUAAGCGGCAAAGAAAUAACUUGUCCAAUUUGUAUGACGACGUAUGAUAACAUAGUUAAUUAUCAAUACCACGUUUCUUAUAAACACAAACCAAAAGACCAUAAUUGUGGUACGUGUAAACAUACUUUUACUGACGAGUUUGACUUGAGUAUACAUAAUGCUAAGCACAAUCAAGAUCCAAAAUUGUACGGGUGCGUGAUAUGCAAAGAGUUUCAAACAAAAGACACCAAAAUUUUAUACGAGCAUAUAUCCAAAGAGCAUGUAAAAGAGGAAAUGUAUUGCAAUGAAUGUGACAAUACGUUCUUAUCCAAGACGUGGUUCGAAGGUCAUAAAAUAUUUCACACAGACAUUAGUAAAAGAGAUACAUAUAAAUGUGGCCGAUGCGACUCUGAGUUUACGUCCAACUAUUCGUUGAUGGAACAUAUGCAGGAAUCUCAUACAAAAUACAAAUGCAAUGAGUGUAAUGUAACCUUUGCCUACAAGAAAAAUUUAGACGAACAUAACCGCCAUCUGCAUUUAAAUUUAUCUGAAGAACGCAUUUGUUGUAACGUAUGCGGAAAACUGGUUACAAAAAAAAAUCUACAUUAUCACGAAAGAAUCCAUAAGGCGGGGAAUUAUGUUUGUUCUGUCUGUGGUAAAAUAUUUGUAAAGAAAGAAGGCUUAAUCCUUCAUACAAGAGUUCAUACUGGAGAAAAGCCAUACCAAUGCGAAAUAUGCGGUAAAGCUUUCCCACAGAAAAGCACUUAUAACAACCAUAUGAGAAUUCAUGAUGGCGACGGAGCAUAUCCUUGUUCCGAAUGUAACAAAGCUUUCUAUAAUGGAACCUGUCUUAGGAGACAUAUGGCAGUCCAUACUGGCGAGAGACCAUAUCCUUGUUCCGAAUGUAAGAAAUCUUUCUCCCUUAAAUCCAAUCUUAGAAAACAUAGGCUAGUCCAUACCGGGGAGAAACCAUAUCCUUGUUCCAUAUGUGAGAAAGCUUUCUCCCAGUCAUCCAGUCUUAAGACACAUAUGCGAAUUCACACCGGGGAGAAAGCAUAUCCUUGUUCCAAAUGUAACAAAAAGUUUGUUACCAAAGGCCAGAAAGAUGUUCAUGAGAAAAAAAGGUGUAAAAUGUUUAAAUAGUUCCGUAGUUUUAAAUGUUUUGUUGCUCUUAAUAAAUAUUUUUUAAUAAA